AUGGCAAAGGAGUCCCUGUGGCAGCUGAACUGUCGGGAGAAACUUCCUGAGCUCCUUGAGAACAAACUUCGGGUUCAGAAUCUGAGCGGCGACGAGGCAUAUGAAGCAUCCAUGCGCAAACAUUUUCGGCUCAUGCUGGAGCAGAUAAUCGGGGUGGACUUUAGAGCCCUCGCACAAGUUAUCCACUGGCGGUAUUAUACACAUACCAGUUGCCCCUCCGUGCAAGAUGAGUCCUGCCCUUUCUGCUCUUCUAAGGUCUGGGACACCACUGCAGCUUGCAGCUUGAUCGUGAACAGUGGAUCCAAGACCAAAAGCACCAUGCACCCCCCUCUGCAAGCCCCCGUCGCCGUUCGAUAUACCUGCGCUAAGGGACACUUUUACUCAGCUGAAAGCGUGUGUUACAUCGAUAGAGGGAGAGAAGUUGCAUCAGGACCAGUGGUGGCAGAGGGGGGAAGGGCCGUUGACGAGGGGAGGGAGGAGGGGACACUGGAAAGCAUGGAGGAUGGGGAACACGACGAGGGAGCUGCCAUCAGUGACCCUGCCAACCAUCCUGCAACUGCAACGUCAGCCACGGGGGCGCCUUCAGCUGCAGGCAGUCAUGCGCCCGCUGCUGCUCCUCUUGCCGACCCUCUUGCUGCUCCUCCUGCUGCCAUUCGUGCCACGGCUGCCACAGCCAUUGCGGAUCUUCAUGCGGUGUCCGACCAUUUCACUGAAAACGUUAGAAGGGAUAAGUUGGGCAGAGGGAAGAUUGGCACUACUGGUACCACUGCUGCUCGCACUGCUGGCAGCACCACUGGCGCCCGCACUAACAGAACCACUGCAACCCGCACCACCGAAACCACUGCUGCCCGCACCACCGAAACCACUGCUGCCCGCACCACCGCCACCACUGUCACGGUGCCACUGGCAUCACCGGCGCCACUGCCGCCCACAUCACCCUCACCAUUGACCCCAGCACUACCACCACGUUUCCCGCUGUUGAUUCUCUCGCCAAUGCGCGUACCACUGGAGGUAAGCAUCGGGCAUGUGUGUGUUCACGCUUGCAGUCACGAGAGCACAUGGGAGGCUGGGCUGGUCAUGGUGGUGGUGCAUGUGGAAGACAAGGCACCACAGGACAAUGCUGAAAAGCAUGAGUUGGGGGAACAAGGGCGUUCAAGGCUGGAUGGGCGGUUUUCCUGA